CUGCACAAGCAAAAAGCUCCCUCCAAACCUCACUUGGAACCCUUCUUCCCCAUCAGGCCAUCGCAUACGUGCACCUUGCUCACCUCUUCCUCUCUCCCUCUCCCGAGAGCCUAUUAAUUGACCCAUAACGCCCACUUUACUCACCUUCCCAAACACUGCGUCCACCAUCAGGCCACCUCCUCUGCUCUCUCUCUCUCUCUUCUUCCUUCCCCUUCCUCAUUCCCUCUCCAUCCCAUCACAUCCCACUCCUCCAGAGAAACCAGCAAUCAAGCUCCCAAGCCCCAAGACUUCUCCUCCGAUCCACCACCAGUCCACCAGCCAUGAGCAAGGACUGCGGCAACCACGCCGAGGACGACCUCCGCCGCUCGUGCCGCCGCCUGCUCGCCCUCCUCCUGGGCCUGGCCCUCAUCGUCGCCAUCAUCGCGCUCAUCGUCUACCUCGUCCUCCGCCCCACGCACCCGCGCUUCUUCCUGCAGGACGCCUCGCUCCGCCAGCUCGACCUCUCCAACGGCUCCUCCAACCUCCUCUCCACCACGCUCCAGGUGACCGUCGCCUCGCGCAACCCCAACGACCGCGUCGGCGUCUACUACGACCGCCUCGACGUCUACGCCUCCUACAAGUACCAGCAGAUCACCGUCGCCGCCUCGCUCCCGCCGGUGUACCAGGGCCACGGCGACGUCGACGUCUGGUCGCCCGUCCUCGCGGGGCCCAACGUGCCCUUCGCGCCCUACCUCGCCGACGCGCUCAACCAGGACUGCCAGGCGGGCUACCUCAUCCUCCAGGUCAAGAUCGACGGCCGCGUCAGGUGGAAGGUCGGCAGCUGGAUCUCCGGGCACUACCACCUCUUCGUCACGUGCCCGGCCUUCCUCGUCACCAACGGCGGCAACGGCGCGCCGGGGGCCAGCGGAUUCAAGUUCCAGACCACCACCUCCUGCCGCGUCGAGGUCUAGCUAGCUAGCGAGGCUGCUGCCGGCGAGGUAGGUGCCUGCCUGUCCAUAGCAGAAGGGGAAAAAAACAGAGGCCGCAGAAGCAGAGAGAUCUUGAUGGUCAGGGACAGGGCGAGGUGGAAAUAAUCGAUCAAUACAAUACCAGGGAAUCAGUGAUUCUGCUGCUGCUCCGUAAAAAUGUAAAGGAGGGUAAUCUGUUUCUUUUUUCUCUCGGUAGGGUUGAUUAAUAGUAGUACGAUCCAUCAAUGCUCGUGGUCAUAUAUAUACUUACUAUUUAUAUAUAUGCUGCUGCCUUUUUCAUCUCGUUAGCUGGUUGAAGGAAUUACUGUUGUUGAAGGAAGCUUAAUUGUCAAUAAACCUUUUUGAUUGAUGCGAAA